AGCAUAUGUGCAAGAAGCACAUUGGACGUGAGAACAAGAGGAGGUAGCCACAGCAUAUCUCAACUUGUAUACAUCCGAAACUGAACAACACACGCCAUGGACGUCUUCCAGGCGCUGACCGGUGGUGGUGGCAUCCGUUUCGACAAGAAUCGCUUCGCUCGAGAUGUCCAGCUCUUCCACCCUCAUCUCGCCGAUGCGUCAGCCUCCGGCUCGUCUCCCGCCGAAUCCAGCAAACAAGCUUCUUCAGUGGGAGGCCAAAAUGGGAAAGGCACGCAAGCUUCCAUUGUAGUUCCGAAAGAGCUCGAUUUCUUCGGUAGUGCUGCCAAGACCGGCAAACUUGAGGAGGACGGCACUUCAGACAAGGCAAAAGGCAAGCGCAAGCGAGUUGAUGGCGGAGAAGAUGCCGAAGAGGAUGCCUCGGAAGGAACCGGAAUUUCAGAAGGUCCAGUAACAAAGGAGACUUUGAGCACAUUCCUCAAGGCAAAUCGCAUCCGGACGAAAGGCACCGACGUCCCUUUUCCGCUUGCUUCGUGGAGAGAGCUCGAGGAGCGAUGGAAGGUACACAAGUACCUGGUUCGGAACCUGCAUGGAACGGGAUGGAAGACACCGACACCGAUACAGAAGGGAGCGAUGGGCGUCAUGCUCGAUAACCGUGACCUUCUUGCAGGAGCUCCGACGGGGUCGGGAAAGACGCUCGCGUUCCUGCUUCCCAUCCUCUACCACCUCGGCGUACCGGCGGCGAAGAAGGAGGGCUUCCGAGCGGUGAUUGUUUCGCCAACGCGUGAGCUCGCGCAACAGAUCUACGAGCAGCUGCGGAAGCUGUGCCAAGGACGGAAAUGGAGGAUCUGCGUGCUGAACAACACGAGGGUUACGCAGGCUGAAGAGUCGGCGGACCCGAUGACGCGCAAGAAGUACGAUAUCCUCAUCACCACGCCACUGCGGCUCGUGCACGCUAUCGAAAACAACGAGCUGGACCUAUCGAAUGUGCAGCAUCUCGUGUUGGACGAGGCAGAUCGCCUGCUGGAGCAGAACUUCCUCGCACAAACAGACAGCAUCCUCGCGGCCUGCUCGCACCCCAAGCUUCGUAAGGCGCUCUUUUCCGCCACUCUGCCAUCUGGCGUGGAGGAGAUGGCGAACACGUUCAUGGUUGAUGAGUGCCGCGUCAUUGUCGGCACGAAGGACGCUGCGAACGAGCGCAUCGAGCAGAGCCUCGUCUUUGUCGGCUCCGAGGACGGCAAGCUGCACGCGCUGCGCUCGCUGAUCCAGGAGGGCAAACUGAAACCGCCCGUACUGCUGUUCGUGCAGUCGAUCGAGCGCGCCAAGGAGCUCUUCCAUGAGCUCGUCUACGACGGCCUGCACGUCGACGUCAUCCACUCGGAGCGCUCCAAGGUGCAGCGCGAAGGCGUGAUCCAGGCGUUCAAGCGCGGAGACGUGUGGGUGCUCAUUUGCACUGAGCUCAUGGCGCGCGGUAUCGACUUUAAAGGCGUCAGCCUCGUGCUCAACUAUGACUUUCCGCAGACGGUGCAGAGUUAUGUCCAUCGGAUCGGGCGUACGGGCAGAGCGGGCAAACAGGGCGAGGCUAUCACGUUCUUCACCAAGGACGACGCUCCGUAUCUAAAGACCGUCGUCAACGUGAUGCGCCAGUCUGGCUGCGAUGUGCCGCAGUGGCUCCUGGAGCUCAAGAACCCGAGCCAGAACGCCAAGAAAAAGCUCAAGCGUGCGCCCAUCGAGCGGAAAGAUGUGCGUGUCGCCGCGGGCAGCAUCGUCGGCCGCAAGGAGAGCAUCAGGAAGCGAGAGAUGAAGGAAGGUAGCAAGAGACGCAAACGCAAGGAGGAUGCAUCUAACAAGGCGGAAGCGAGGGGAACGGGGAAAGAACCGGCAACUGUUGUGUGACGGACCAUAGACGCCGUCUCGAGAAUUAAGUUCACUCGACGCAUUCACGAGGCAUCACCCUUCGUUCUGCGCUUCUUUGCCGCGCCACCUUUGUACGCAAGAAGCCUCUAGAACAUCAUCAACUCAUUCUUGGCGAUCUGCAACGGCGUGUCCAGCAUGUAUGAUAUUCGAUGCGUUCGAAAAGGUUUACAUGUGGGGCCUUCA